UCCUCCUCAUCCCCUUCUUCUUCCUCGUCCUCUACUUGUCCAACUUUAAAAACCAAGCUUUCGACCAUUGACCGUGACAAGGUAUUAAAAGUGUAUGAUGCAUUGAUACGAGAUGAAAACACAUGCUGGGUGCUGAAGGCAACCAAACGACAAGCCACACUCGAAAAAAAGACACUAUGGUCAGUCAAAAGAAAAAUGCGUGAAUUCGUUGCCACUCUUACCUACGUCCAUCCUACUUUAUUAUUUAUUCUUGACAUGAGUGAUUUGAAUUGGGUCAAUUAUUUCAAUAAGGAAGAGCUGGAGGAACUCAAGAGUAGUGGCCAGCCUAUCCUUCGAUGCAUACACGACGAACUCAAACCAAAGUUCGAGCAGAUUGAAAAUUUGAAAUCUGCUUUGGAUGCUUAUAAUUUUAGACGACUCAUUGAUCAUCAUCCCAUUGAACAACCUUUGCUUGCAUGGCUUUCCCAGACGUUGAUGCAAACGGCAACGUUUUUUACUCCUGGCGCGCGUACACCUACUCAAAAUAUGUUGGAAAGUGAUAAACUAUAUUAUCUGUGGAGCUUAUUGAGUACGAUUCACCGUAAUUCGGGCAUUGAAGCAUUGGGAAAGGAAAAAACAAGUACCUUUCAUGCUAAAAUCUUAAAUUCAAAACGCAAACUAUCUGCUGUUGAUGAGAUUGAACGUGAAAAGAUUGGUAGAAGACUUGAUACAAUUUAUAGUGGCAGGGGUAUUGAAUUGGGUGUAUUAGAGGCAGGUCCUACGAAAGAUAAUACAAAAGAAUUCGAAGAAUUUGUUUUCAAGGAUAUGUUGAGCGAAAUCGUGAGCCGUCGUCCUUCACUCUUACAUAAGGCUCAUGUCCUUGGUUACAACAUAAAUGGUAUGUAUGCAAAAUAA